AUGGAAGGAGAGAAUAAUAAUAAGAAGAAGAAGAAUGGAAGUAGUAGUAGUAGUGAAGAAUGUUCAAACUAUAGAAUGGAGCUUCUUUCUCCAGAGGCAACUGCUGAGAAUGUUUCAAUGGCAAGACAACCUUCAUGGAGGAUCAACAUGGAUCAAUAUCGAUUACCACAGAGGAACAUCAUCGACUCUCGUUUUGGUCUUUCUUUACUACUUGCAUUAAGGAGACAAAAGAAACUUGCGGAGUACUACAAGAGGCAGGAAAGGCUCCUUAAAGGGUAUCAAGAAGUGGAUUCAUUUACUGACUUGGGAAUUUUACCUUCUCAAAUGACUAAGGAGGAAAUGAAGGAAGUGGAAAGGAGUGAAAGAGCAGCAAUAUAUGCAUCAAACAUAGGAAACAUGGUGCUGUUUGGUGCAAAAGUGUAUGCAUCUGUUGAGAGUAUGUCACUGGCAGUGAUUGCAUCAACACUGGACUCACUUUUGGAUCUCUUGUCUGGCUUCAUACUUUGGUUCACUUCUUACUCUAUGAGUAAACCAAACCAUCACAAGUACCCUAUUGGCAAGAACCGCAUGCAACCUGUGGGGAUUGUUGUAUUUGCAUCAGUCAUGGCCACUCUUGGAUUACAAAUAUUGUUUGAAUCAAUUAGGCAAAUCAUCACCAAGACUCAACCAGAGAGGGAUCCUGUAAAAGAAAAAUGGAUGAUAGGGAUUAUGGUGGCAGCAUCUUUGGUAAAACUUUUGCUCAUGACUUAUUGCCAAAGGUUCAAGAAUGAAAUAAUUAGGGCCUAUGCUCAAGACCAUUUCUUUGAUGUCAUCACAAACUCUAUUGGCUUAGCUGCAGCUGUUCUUGCCAUCAAAUUCUACUGGUGGAUUGACCCUCUUGGGGCUAUCUUGAUAGCUAUAUAUACAAUCAGCAACUGGGCAAAAACAGUGAUGGAGAAUGUAUGGUCAUUGAUUGGAAGAACAGCCCCACCAGAGUACAUUGCAAAGCUUACAUAUCUUUGUUGGAACCAUGACAAAGAGAUCAAGCACAUUGACACAAUGAGGGCAUACAGAUAUGGUUCCAAUUACUUUGUUGAGGUAGACAUAGUUGUAUCAGAAGACAUGUCACUUAUUCAAGCACAUGAUAUUGGAGAAUCACUUCAGGAAAAGCUUGAGAAAUUACCUGAAAUUGAGAGGGCAUUUGUUCACAUUGAUUUGAACACCACUCAUAAGCUUGAGCAUAAUCCUAAGGUGGUGUAGCAUAGCAAGAAAUUGAUUAAGCUAUAUUCAGUGUAAUAGUAAUGGUGAUUACUUAUUGAUUACUUCGCAUAGAAUAUUACAAGCAUUUGCUUCAAAAAAUAAAUUAUGGGUGAAAGAGAAUGUAGUGUUAGUUAUUGUAAAACAAUUUCUUCAA